AUGAAGGAAGAACAGCCGAGCGGAGUCCUCGCUUCAGAGAACCCGAGGAACUCGGCGAUGGAACAGUCCAACUCGGACAGUGGCAGCAAGACGUUGAAUCAGUCCGACGAAGAGAAGACCACCGUCCAUGUUUUCAAUGAGCAGACGAAUUAUGUGCGGCCAAGGACAAUCAUUACGAUCUUUCUGGCUUGUGCCACCGUUGAUCUGGUGGCCCUCAUGGAUCAGACGACAUUGGCCGCCAGUUUGAACAUUAUCGGGAAUGCUCUCAACUCUAGCAACCAGACCGCUUGGAUUGCAAGUGGCUAUUUCAUAACGUCGACUACAGGUCAACUGUUGUAUGGCCGAUUGUCUGACAUCUGGUCUCGCAAAUUUAUCCUUCUGAUUGGUCUUGCGAUAUUCUUCACUGGAUCUCUAGCCUCUUCCGUUGCAGCGACCGGCACGCAGCUCAUAGUAUUUCGAGCAUGGACCGGUAUUGGUGGCGGUGGGCUCAUGACCGUGGCACAGAUGAUUGUCAGUGAUGUGGUUCCCCUGAGAGAACGAGGAAAGUAUCAGGGAAUUCUGGGAGCAGUUGUGGCGAUUGCCAACGGUAUUGGUCCCGUUAUUGGCGGUGCUUUAGCUUCGCAGUCCCGAGACUCCUGGAGAUGGAUCUUCCGUCUCAAUAUGCCUCUGACCCUGCUGUGCACUGUCUGUGUCAUCUUUUUCAUGCCACUCAGAAAGGUGGAAGGAGAUUGGAAAAUGAAGCUCAAGGCAGUGGACUUCGUUGGAAGUGGUUUAGCUUUGGCUGGAACUUCAGUUCUGAUGCUUGGUCUGACAUGGGGUGGCGGAGAGUACCCGUGGAACUCGGCGCAUGUCAUAGCCACAAUCGUUGUUGGCUUCGUUGUCUGUGUUGCUUUUGUGAUGUGGCAGUGGAAGGGGGCCAAGUUCCCACUUGUUCCCUUGCAUAUUUUCAAGUCUAAGAUCGUCAACGGCGCCUGUAUAACAAUGGCUAUCAACGGCUGGAACUUCGUUGUGCAGGUCUACUACAUCCCAGCCUUCUAUCAACUGGCGUACAACUACUCAGCAACCAAAGCCGGCGCUAUGUUGCUUCCCGUCACUCUGACACAAACCUUAUUCAGCACAUUGUCUGGUCUCGUUGUUCACAAGGUCGGUCGAUACAGGGAAUGCAUCCUCCUCGGUUGGGUGAUGUGGGCUGUAGGCGUCGGUCUCAUGUCUACCCUGGAUGAAAAAUCCAGUGUUGGCAAGCAAGUAGGGUACUCUUUACUUAUUGGAGCUGGUGUUGGCAAUACUCUUCAGCCCGCCUUGAUUGCGAUCCAAGCAGGCGUUAGCCGCAGAGACAUGGCCGUAGUAACCUCGUUCCGCAAAAACCUUGGAAGCACGAUUGGUUUGGCAAUCUCGGGUACACUCAUUAUAGCUGGUCUUGGUCUGGCAGAUGAUGAAGCCAGAAGACUUCUUGCCAAUCCCCAGCAUGUCCUGUCAGAAAUGUCUCAAGCCGACGCAGAUCAGGCAAGGGCUGUCCUGCUGCCAGGUUAUCGAAAAGCAUUCCGCAUCAUAUUUCUCGUAAUGGCUGGGCUUGCUUCAGUGGCAUUUUUGGUUGCAUUCUUCCUGAUGCCACAAGUAGAGUUGAGCCGACCUGACGACAAGGAUUUGAAGGACGCUGCACGCAAGAGGACGGAAGAGGAAAAGACCGAAUCUUAG